CUGACAACGCUUUUCUCUUGAUAACAAACCCCUCUUCAUUGCAACAGCUCCCGGGCCACUAUUACACCAACCACCAAGAUGAGAGCUAUCGCUCUCUUAUCCGCUCUUUUCCUCCCAACUGAAGUGCUCGCAGCGAUCGGGGGUCAAUGUUCCGGUGUCUGGGGCAACGCCUAUUGCAUCUGCCUCGACAGAACCGAGUGCGUCAACCGAUAUGGCGGCUGGGCGUUCGAGGGUCGGCCUGGGAGCUACCCAUGUCCCCACGACCCGGAUAACGUGUGGGGCUGUGAGAUCGUCAAUGGUUGCCCAGAGUACGAUAUCUCUACUAGUUGCGUGUGGACAACCAUUGCACCUGGUUGUAGAGGGAGGGUCCUUCCAGAUCCUGCGUGUCCAGGUGGAAAUAACUUUGUUUGCUGUGAUUACGAUUAGGGAAAGGGAGAGCGGGGGAAGGCGUGUGCCUGUGUGGGAGUACUCGGUUACGUCCUAUUGAUUACAACUGGAUGCGUCAAGGACUUCAUUGGAUGUUGUCACUCGCCGCCGUUG